UGGGUGAAAGCCCUACUCAAAGGCGGAUCAAUAUCGCCCGCUAUGAGCAAAUAGGCUUUAUGCCAAGCGCAUAGCCCAACGUCGUGGUUCUUUGAUUAAUCCGCCCAGAUUGUGAACCCAGAUAUAAUACCCCAGGUACCCAACCUGCGCAUCUCCCUCUUCCAUCACCACAUUCUUCAUGGCUGCCGAUUUCUCAAUAAACCAAAACAAGUCUCUGCUUGAUCUAUCCAAUGGUGGGAGAACCACUGCCAGAUAGGGCAGAGAACCCCGACAACGUGGUUUUGUCCACUUCCAAUGAUAUCCAGAGGACCCCGACCCAGCGAUCUCGUGGGGAAGAAAUAAGACCAUUCCCAAAAGUUCAAGAAGUCGGACACGAUAACUCGGCGCCACGAAAUGGAGCGAAGCAAUCUGGGAAGUACUUUGGUGUGGGAGGCAAGCUCUGUCCCUUUCGACUCCUCAAGGAAGACAUUGCGAACCUCAAGGGACGAUAUCUGUCGGAUUGGCAAGUAUUCAACCAACAAGUCGUUGCCAGUGCUGUCUACAUCUUCUUCACCAACAUCCUUCCCGGUAUCACAUUUGCCAGUGACUUGUACGUCCUGACGGGCAAAUCAUGGGGCACCAUUGAGGUUGUCUUCAGUACGGGCCUGUGCGGCCUCGUCUUCUCGUUGUUUUCUGGACAGCCUCUCACAAUCCUCGGUGUCACAGGCCCAUUUUCAGUCCUGGCUGAGAAUAUAUACGAAUUGUGUGAACAGAAUUUUCAUGUCAAAUUCUUACCGGUGAUGGCAUGGUCGCUCAUCCAUGCUGGCUGGAUGCACUACCUCCUCGCCAUCUUCAAUGCCCACGACUGGACGAUGCAAUAUGUCACCCAUUUUAGCGCCGACAUCUUCUCGCUUCUGAACAGUGUCAUCUAUUUUCACAAGGCAGCAAUGGAACUGAAGCGUACGCAUUCCAACGUGUCUUUCGCUGCCUUUCUGUAUGCCAUUAUGGGAGCCUUUGGGACGUGCCUCUUUGCCAUCCUUCUCUCAACAGCCAACUCCUGGAAACCGUUGUUUCAUCGAUACGUUCGCCUGGGACUGACAGAAUAUGCCGCGGCCAUCUCGAUUAUAUUUUGGAUCGGCAUCCCUUAUAUUGGAGAACUGGCAUCGCUCGACCAUGAGCGCCUCGAGGUCCAGACGUCGUUUAGACCUACCAACCCCGACCGGUCAAUCUUCUUCGUUCGCUUCUGGGAACUCCCCAUCGAGUGGGUCUUCUUGUCGAUCAUACCCGGUGCCAUCAUCACAGUCUUGUUCUACUUCGACCAUGAGAUCAGCAGUAUCAUAUGUACCGUUGAACGCUAUGGCACGAAGAAGCCUGGUGGGUAUGCAUGGGAUAUAGUUCUUUUGGGAACGACCACGAUCAUCUGUGGCAUUCUCGGUAUCCCUCCAGCAAACGGACUUCUCCCGCAAGCUCCACUACACUCUGAGUCGCUAAUGCACUACGUUCUCGAAAGCCCUGAGCCAGCUGAAGACGGUGAAGAGCGACAAUCACCCAGACCAGUUGCAAGGACAUAUGAACAGCGAUACUCACACUUCAUACAAGCCGCGCUUAUUCUCAUAUUCGUCUCUCCGCCACUUCAGAAAUUGCUCGGCCUAGCCCAGACAUCGGUGUUGGCGGGCCUUUUCAUGUUCAUGGGCUACCAAUCUCUCAUGGUCAACCCCAUCCUGGAGAGGAUAGCCCGUCUGCUCACCCCGGCGUCUGAGCUUCCAGAACUGCCCCCCGGCGUCACUUGGGCCGGUAUUCACAUGUACACCAUUACCCAAAUCAUCCUCACCGGGAUUGUGUUUGGAGUGACCCUCACCGUUGCCGCCCCCGCGUUUCCCCUGAUCAUAAUUGCCUUAGUCCCCGUGCGAUUGUCGCUUAUGGGCCGAGUGUGGGGGCGAGAUACGCUAAGGCAAGUGGAUGGCUGGGCAUGCCGGGAGGGAAAGCCGGAAGAUGCAGUGGACGAGUCGCAAGGAUCUAGGGAUGAGGAGAAGGCCGGAUCCCCAACUCUAACCUUCCUUUGUUUCUCCUCCCUCCAUUACUUAAUUGAAGGAAAGGCCGCUAUUGUCACCGGAGGAGGCUCAGGUAUCAACCUUGAGUUUGUUCGGCUCCUACUCUACAAGGGCUGUUCAGUUCUCAUUGCCGAUCUCAAGCUCCAGCCAGAAGCCGAGGAGCUGCUCAAGAAAUACCCUUUCCCUAGUGCUUCUGGGAAGCAAGGUGCCUUCUUCCAUAAGACCAACGUUGCGUCCUGGCCUGAGCUGGAUGACAUGUGGAAAACCGCUCUGGAAAAGUUCUCCACUGUCGAUAUUGUCGUCCCCGGCGCCGGCCUCUUCGAACCCAAGUGGUCCUCCUUCUGGGAGUCCCCCAAGACUGAGACCAAUCCGGAGAGCACAUCGCGGGAUCCCGCAGACUCAGAUCCAGGCCACUAUGCCGUGCUGGAUGUAAAUCUCGUCUCUCCCAUCCGACUCAGCCAGCUGGCCAUUGGACACUGGACCAAGAACAAGCUAAAGGGAUGUUUGGUGCACGUUGGAAGCAUGGCGGGCUACACGUCCGGCAUCAACACCCCGUUAUACUUCGCCAGCAAGCAUGGCCUCCACGGCUUUGUGCGGUCGUUGGGCGGUUUGCGCGACGAAUUGGGCAUCCGAGUUGGAUGUGUCGCACCAGGCGCGGUGAGGACUGCCCUUUGGCGCGAUGACCCGACCAAAGCCGCGAUGCUGGAUCAUGACACCGUUCUCAUCGAGCCGGAGGAGAUCGCGCAGGGCAUGUGGCAGCUGGUUGUCAACGAAGAGUUAGGCAACGGAACUAUCUUCGAGGUGUCCAAGGGUAAAACGAGAGUGGUGCCCUUGUUUGACUCGCCAGUGCCGACUGGUGAGGGCAUCCUCGUGCCUGGCUAUGCGGCAGCGCAGAGAACGUUGUAUGACAAGCUAAAGAAGGAUGGACUGGAUGUUUGAUUCGUGAAGUGGUACGAAUGGCUGACAUCAGUAGUCUUGAGGAGGUUAUUAUUAUCACAGUACGGUUCUGUCGACCAUUUGAUGCGACUUGAUUGUUCGUGAUGUCAGCGAUGCCCCUUGCCGAAGAAGACAUUGUUUUCUCAACAAAUCCGCAUCAUCAAUAGCAACAGAAAUGCACAUACCAAAGCAGUUGGGCUGAGGAUGUCCUAUCAGUAGAACGCCUUGGCCUUGUUUCGUUGUUCGCCUGUGAACCAAUUCAGGGUAGAUGGCUGGGUAAGACCAGGUCCACGCAUCAGGAAAUGUCGGAACCGCUGUAGUUGGUAACUCUCUUUUCAGUGUCAUUACAAUAGAAUUGGUUGCUAGAAAUGAACGAAUAG